AUGAAGGUUGGAGAGUCAGUUGAUGAGUAUUUUGGAAGGCCUCUAGAUCUAACCAUGGCUAACAAGAGGAGGAUCAAUGGGGAGAAGCUGGAAGAUGUAGCUGUUAUCGAAAAGAUUUUGAGAUCAAUGACACCAAAGUUUGACUAUGUGGUGUGUUCGAUUGAAGAAUCAAAAGAUCUUGAUAAUCUCUCUAUUGAUGAACUACAAAGCAGUCUUCUGGGGAACGAAACAAAAGCCAAUGUAGUUGAAACUGAAGAAGAGUUGUUGCUGAUGGCAUAUGUAGAAGUUAAGGGAAAACAAAUGAACAACACAUGGUAUUUGGAUUCAAGCUGUAGCAAUCAUAUGAGUGGAACCAAGAAGAUGUUCACCAAACUUGAUGAGAAAUUCAGGGAGAAUGUAAAGCUUGGUAAUGAUUCAAGCUUAAAAGUACAGGGGUAA